AUGGGCAAAAGGAAAUCAUCGAGUAAGAAGCCCGGCGGCGCAAAAAAGCCGGCACCGCUCGAUACGGUUUUCACCUGCCUCUUCUGCAAUCACGAAAAGGCGGUCUCGUGCAAGAUAGAUGACAAGGCAAGGAUCGGCUACCUGUCGUGCAAGAUCUGCGGCCAGAAGUUCUCCGCCGACACAAACCCACUCGAUCAACCUAUCGACGUCUACUCGCUCUGGAUCGACGCGUGCGAGGAUGUCGCAAACGAGCAGGAGCGAUGA